GAUAUAUGAAAUUUUCACCUGGCAUCUCUUUGUAUUGCAGACCUAUACAGACGUAAAUAGUGGAUGCGUGAGGAGGUUGAAGACGUUUACAAUUUUGAAAGUAUUUUACGAUAAUGUAACAUUGUAUCUCACAACAUUUUAGUAUUUUUCGAGAAAACAACCCAAUGAUUCAAUAAGCUUCAAUUUAUAACUACUGUGAUUAUAUUCCUGAAAUGGAGUUAAGUAACGGUUGCGAAAAAGCUGAUAUUAACGAUCUAGUUAGAAAUAUCGUAAAAAUUCUGUUAUCUACAUCGAAAUACUUUCACUGUCCAUUUUGCGCAGAUGAAUAUUUGUUCGAGUUCACUCUUCGGCAUCACCUAUUGAAAAAUCACCAAGAAGAUUUAACUAAAAUUGUUCAAAGUCCGGAUUCCAGUAUUAAAUUCUGCGAUGACAAUAUCUGUCCGUAUUGUGGUGCUUUGUUUUAUUACAUAUCAGCACUACCAAAACAUAUAAUGAACAGUCACAGUAGAGAUUGCUUGAUCAAGUGGCAAACAAUUGUAAAAGAGAAUAGCUUGCAGAAGAAAUUCUCUGCUGAACCAAGUAUUAAAUGCGUUCCGUGUUCACCAGGAUUAAGCGACUUAUUCGAAGAGCUCAAUACCGGAAGCGAAACAAACAGAAAGAAAAAUCGACCAUACAGGAGAGAAAUAUCACCAUUGUAUAAAUCGGCUUUGAAGAAUGCUAAUCGAAUGUCAGCAUCAAAACGUUCAGAAUCGUGGGUUAGUUGUGAUUUUGAGUUCUCCAAACACUCUCGUGCACCUAGUGCAGCACGACGGGAACUUCAAUUUGAUGCGGCUUUGUCGGAAAAUAUGUCCAACGAAGCAUCAGGAAAGAAAACUAAACGAAGUCGCAAGCAUUUUAACUUCAAAGCACUUAAGCCGAAGGGUAGCUUAAAAAAGUUUGUUCUGUCCAAGUUUACCAAGAAAUACCGUUGCAAAAUUGUGACUAGUACGCCGAACAACUUUCUCGAUGACAGUGAAACAUGUUUGGCAGAAUCCAGGUUACACAAUCAGGAACGCUGGAACAGGAUUUAUUUAGAAUAAAUAGACCUAACCAAUAGUUAUGUGCUAUCUCGCAUAUUGCAGAGGUAUUAAUUCAAGUAAGAUGUUUUUUUUUAUAAAUUAAAUUUAAGAGCAACCUUUUUUAUUGAAAAUGGUAUUACUAGAGACAAUAAUAUAUAUUUCGCACAUCAUA